AGAUUUGAAUUGUUUUAUUGUUUUAUUUGGAUUCUUGGAUUCAAGCCACGGUCAUAGAUAAUAUUCAAGCCGCUAUUGCUAUAGGCAGGUAGCAACAAUGCCAGAGCGGGAGUGUUUCGGCGGCCUGUUGACUGGCUACCCGGAGGUGGCAGUGGACAGGUUCGACGGCCGCUGUCUGAAUGCCAGCUACUUCCUGCUGAGUCAUCUGCACAGCGACCACAUGCGCGGUCUGGACUCGGCCGAACUGCGGUCGGUGCUGCAGAGCCAGCCUCAGCCGCGGCUGCUGCUGUCGCGCCAGUCGGCCGCGCUGCUGACCAGCUGGCCGCGCUACGCCGCCCUGGCGCCGCACCUGUGUCCGCUGGAGGUGGGCGUGCCGCGCCAGCUGACCGACCGGCUGGUGGUGACCGCACUGCCGGCCGCCCACUGUCCCGGUUCGGUCAUGUUCCUGCUGGAGGGCGGCGCCGGCGGCACUGUCCUCUACACGGGCGACUUCCGGCUGGACAACCACCAGCUGGCAGACAUGAAGGCGCUGCACGACGCCGACGGACACCCCAAGCCCAUCCAGGCGCUGUACGUGGACACGACGUUCUGCGUGCCGCAGCGCCGCGAACUGCCGACCCGCAGUCGCAGCGCUGAGUCGGUGCUGCGGCUGGUCACAGAGUGGCUGGACCGCGCACCAGACCAUCGCGUCAACCUCGACUGUAAGGCGCGCUAUGGGUACGAACACAUCUUCCGUCGACUACAUGAGGCCACUGGCAUGCGUGUGCACGUAGAUGCAGAGAAAAUUCAACUCUAUGAGCGGCUGCCAGACAUCGCGCGCUGCGUAACAUCAUGUGCCUCAGAGACGCGACUGCACUCCUGCCGGCCGGGCUCGGCCUGCCUGCGCGACGGUAGCGGAGGACCUCUCCGCUCAAUCACCCUCUCUACCAUGUUCUUCUUCAUGAACCAAGCUGUGGACUGCCUGGAGCAUCAUCUGGGCGGCGAGCGGUACCGCGUGCUGUAUUCGUUUCACGCGUCACUCGGCCAAGUACGAGAGAUGGUGUCAUACUUGCGACCAUCCCGUGUGGUGCCGUGCGUGGUGCCGCCGAACAGCUCUCUAGAGAGCGUGGUGGCACUGCUGGGUGGCGCCAGCGAGCCGCGGCUCGAGCUGCAGAGUGGCCGAUUGCCGACAGCGCGGGCUACUCACUGGGAGCGGAGACCGAGCGAAGUCCUGCAGCCGCACCGCCAGCACACCGGCCGGAGACAACCUCCCAAAGAAAUCAAACGCAUCCGCCCAAAGGUAGAGUCCCCUGCACGGCGUCAGGGUCACCAGAGGUCGCCCCAGCCCGCGGUCGGGGCUCAGGAGGAGCGGGCCGACGCCGCAGACACCCGCCCUGCCUGGAAGUCCCCGUUUGAUAGCGACUGACGACGGCUGUUGAACGGACGCCAAUGUGAUAUGGGCGACGGCGGUGGAGUGGAGCCUGGUCCCAGUUUUUAACAAUGGGCAGAGUUUGUGAUUCUCCGGGCGCCCGUAAAUUCAAAUUUCAAUUUCAUCAUUCUCAUCAUUUAAGUUUGUGAUUCAUUUGUUAUUGUACAUUGGCUGUGAUGUUCUUGUGAAAUGCCGUUAUUGUGUCGUCCUGGGGCGGGCAAUCGUCAAAUACUCGUGCCUUAUGUUUUGAGACGCCGAAUGCAAGAAAAUAUCGACAUCCUGGCCCUGUUCAUGAACCCUGCGGCCGCUGCGGCCGGCCGCAGGCUCUAAGCUCCGCCCAUUUUUGAAACGUCAUCACUCACUCGGCCGCAAUCAGCGUUCCAUGAACACGUCUGCUGCCGAAAUAGUUUCCGAUAAUUGCGCGCUUGAGACGAUUACUAAUCAAUAGUUUCCACGCGCUUCUUUUAUCUGUGUAUUCCAUUCCUGUUAUGAAAAGGGCGUUUCUCAAGGCC